AUCGUGCGGUUGGAUGAGUCAAAGCGGGCCUGCCUCAUCGGAGUUGGGCCGCCACUUGCAUUAUCUUCUCCGUGAACUUUGAAGCACGCAAAACCAAAACCAGAACCAGCAAGAACAAAAGCGCAAUGGAGAUCUCAUCGGCAGCUCUCUCUCUGCCUUCUGUACAAAAGCAUCCCCUUUCCAUACCGCUGGCUUCGACAAACUCUACCUUCUUCAGCAACGCCCACACCAUUAUCUUCAACCGCAAAACCAAGUCCUCUUCUCUGGCUCUCGUCGCACGAACCACCGCAAAAGGGCGAGCCCGAAGAGGUCUCUCCUGUACUUGUUUGUUCGGCCUGGGCAUGCCUGAGCUCGUCGUCAUUGCCGGUGUGGCUGCCCUCGUCUUCGGCCCCAAGAAAUUGCCCGAAGUCGGCCGGAGCAUCGGGAAGACUGUCAAGAGCUUUCAACAGGCAGCAAAGGAGUUUGAAUCUGAGCUGAAGAAAGAACCCGAGUCUGCCGUGGAGGCACCAGUGGAGCAACCUACAGCAAUUAGUGAAGAGGGGAAACAAGAUGUGAAGGUCUCAAGUACAAAGGAGAGCGUAUGAGAUUGUAGAAUUAGGGAUGAUACUGUGGAUGCAUUUUGCUAGUUGUACUAGUAGCAUCAUCCAUAUGUUGUAUCCAUUAAAUUAUGUGCUAAUAUAAUUUAAUGUUAUUUGCUAAAACCCUAUUCAAAUGAUUUAAAAAAAAAAAAAACACAAGCCACACAAAGCAACCAAUUACACAUAUUUAGCCAUUGUGUGAAAUUGAAGAAUAUUGAGCUUAACUUUUUAUAUUUAUUUAUUAGUGGGAUAGGGGUAAUCUUUUUGGUCAA